AUGAACAUCAGUGCUGCUGUUGAUCGCGACCCUGCUGAACAAUCUGUUGCUGCUGAUAUGCAGAAAAAUGAUUCUGACAAAAAGAUUAUUUUAUAUUCAAGUGUGAAUGAGGGAGUUUAUGUUUCUCCUCUUAAAAUUGCUAAGCCUGUUGCUCAUUUGGAUGGUUAUUAUGAUGUGCAGCCCACAUCGAAAUCUGAAAUAAAAAAUAUAAAGAAGGUAGAAUGUGAAAAUGAAAAACUAAAUUUUGCCUCCUAUAAAGGAAAAGAAGUUCCAGGAGAACAAGUACUACAGAUUGGACAAAGUGCAAAUGUAGUAGAAGAAUUGUUUGGUAGAGGAAAAAGAAUUCGUAAUGCCAGUUGGCAUUUAAAAACUCCAUAUAAGGGAACAAGUAAAGAAGUGGAAAUGGUUCUAAGGUUUAUGGAUCAGAUUCAGGUGCCAGGACUGAGUGAGAGCGGAUUUUUCCCUGUGGAGCCUUUCGGAGAUUGCGAGAUGCUCAUGACUGAUGACUCCGGGUUUUGGGGCAGUGUUUAUAUAUCUUACUUUUCUCUACUUGCUAAAAAUGACGACGGAUCGGGUCGUCACAAUCUUCAAGAUGGAACCACCGCUCGUCGUUUCGUAGGUCACACCAAGGAUGUUUUGUCCGUUGCACUUUCCGUCGAUAACCGUCAAAUCGUGUCAGCCUCACGUGACAAAAGCAUUAAACUCUGGAACACGCUCGGUGAGUGCAAGUACACAAUUACGGACGGGGACUCACAUUCGGAUUGUGUUUCAUGUGUUCGUUUUAGCCCAAACGAUCGUGAGCCAACUAUCGUUUCUGGGUCGUGGGACCGGACUGUGAAAAUCUGGAAUUUAACGAACUGCAAGCUAAGGUCCACUCUAGCUGGACACAGUGGUUAUGUGAACACCGUUGCGGUUUCUCCUGAUGAUUCAUUGUGUGCUAGUGGAGGAAAGGACGGAGUUAUUUUGCUUUGGGUUUUGGCUGACGGAAAGAAACUGUAUUCGCUUGAGGCUGGGUCUAUUAUUCAUGCUUUAUGUUUUAGUCCGAAUAGGUAUUGGCUUUGUGCUGCUACGGAAUCAAGUAUUAAGAUUUGGGAUUUGGAGAGUAAGAGCAUCGUGGUGGAUCUUAAAGUUGAUCUGAAACAAGAGAGUGAAAUGUCUGCUGAGGGAACUGCUGCUGCCAAAAACAAGGGUUGGAUCAAAAGUCUCGAAAAGCAAGAAUUGGGAUGGUAGCCUUGAAGGCUGACGGUUUUGUGCUUAAUGCCCAUGGUAGUCCCACUCAGUUUGUUGGGAAGGCUAUGAUAGCUGAAGCAUUGGCAAUUAGGAAAGCUUUGCAGAUUGCUAUCAACUGUGGAUGGAGGAAAAUUACUAUUUUAUCGGACUCUCAAAGGCUAGUUCAUAUGCUCAAUAGAAGGAUGGUUACCUCAUAGGAUGUAAAUAUAAUUUGUGAAGAUGUGUGGUACCUUAGACAUCUCCUAGAUGAUGUUAUUUUUGUGUAUAUAAGUAGGAAGUACAGUACUUGUAGUCACAAGUUAGCUAAGUUUGCUAUGACUUUAGGUAAUGAGGUCUCAUGGUAUGAAAACUUCCUUGGUUGGGUUGUCAAUGAGGCCUCUACUUCUUAUGUAAUGUUGACUGAUAUUGUGGGUUAAUAGAAGCUACCCAGUUCUGUUGGGAAAAAAAUAAUCUCUUUUCUACCGGAGCUUGCGAUUCUUAGAUCCAUAACAUGCUUGUCAGUAAAUAAAAAUUAUGCGAUCUCACCUUAUUUAUUCAA